CGAAUUCAGAUUCAGAGAGAUGCUCGUCAACAUCAACAAGCGUGGCCGUUGAGCGCGGUCAUCGGCGUGAAGCGGAGGGAUCUGUCGGCCCACCGGCAAGCUCCCCAGCGUGUGUGUGAUGGCCUCCCCCCAGCGGCGGCGCCCCUGUAUCCCGCAAGAAAGGAGGGGGUCCGCCUCCGCCUGGCCCGACCUCCCCCCGGAGCUGCUGGAGCGCAUCGUCGCCGUCCUCGGCCCGCGCGACCGCGUCGCCGUCCGCCUCGUCUGCGUCUCCUGGCGCGCGUGCGUGCGGGAGCGGUUCCCGUCCGACCUCCCCUUCGAGGCCCCGCGCCUCCUCCUCCGCCGCCCAGGAGUCGGCGGCGGGCUGGCCUUCUUCAGCCUCCACCGCCGCAAGGUCCUACCUUUCGCGCUCCCCGCGAGCGUCGGCGCCGGACGCUGCUGCGGUCACACCGGCGGCUGGCUCGCCAUGGCCUUCGACGCCGACCGCUCGAUGGCCCUCUGCAACCUCGUCACCGGGCAAUCCGUUGCCGUGCCCCCGCCCCCGGUGUUCCCGGUCUCCAAGGUGGUCCUCUCCGGCCCGCCCACCUCCCCAUGCUGGAUCGCCGCCGCGCUAGGCCGAACGGGCACGGUCGCGCUGCUCCAGCCCGCCGUCUCCGGCGCCUGGAUGACCAUCGGCGUCGAGGAGGGCGCCCGGCACGGGGGCUUCAGGGACAUGGCCUUCUGGAGCGGGCGGCUGUGCGCGCUGGGGUACGACGGCGCGGUGCUGGCGUUCCGCGGCGACCUGCGCGCGCGCGCGGCGGCGGUGUCGGUGCUGCGGGAGGCGGAUUACCCGGUGGACGAUCUGCACGGCAUCUGGCGGCGGCGGCGGGACCGCCUGUACCUGGUGGAGAGCGACGGGGAGCUGCUGGUGGUGCGGAAGCUGUACAGGGUGUGGGGGAACGGGGCGGUGGACGCGCAGGUGGAGGUGCAGGUGCUGCUGUCGGCGGGGGAGCGCAAGUGGGGCCUGAUGGAUGAGACGCCCGGGCGGGCGGUGUUCGUGGGGUCGGUGGCGUCGGCGGUGGUGGCCGUGGAGCUCUACCCGGCGGCGGGGCUGCGCGAGAGCUGCGUCUACUUGGCGCAGCGGGAGGUGGAGAUGCUGGCGCCGCACGCCAUCUGCGAGUACUCGAUGGAGGAGGAGGAGAUGAGGGGCGUGCCCAUCGCCGGCGGCCACUCCGCGGACGUCGAGCCCGUCUGGAUCAUCCCAUUCGUCUGACCUCGAUGCAUCCGUGCAAUCCGCGUGAUCGAUCAGCUGCCUCAAGCAUUGGCAAGCACUCUGGAAUCCGGAUUGAUCUCUAGUAAUAUUUGCUCUGGUUCGCCAGGUGUAGAGAACUUGGCCUGCUGUGUGAAUCGGCAUUGGAAUUGUGUAGAGAACUUGGCAAUCGUACAAGCUUUUGGCCGAAAUGUCUGCUCUUCGCCAAAUUUUAAUCUUUGCUCUAUCAGUGAAUGAAGCAACAUGUUUGUUAUCCAAUCAAUUGUGCAGUUUCAGCA